AUGCGGAAUGGGUGCUUGUCUGGGAUGCCGCCGAUGAGGAGAAUCAGGAUGAGCACCAGAAUGCGGUAUCUGAGCAAGCUGUACCAUCUGUGGAUGAACAUCACGUUGAUGAUCAUCAUCUUGCACUAUGUCUCUGCGAGAAUACACAGCAUGAAAUGGACCAAGACGAGGACGAAGAAGAAGAAGACGAAGAGGAAGACGAAGAGGAAGAGAAAGAGGAAGAGAAAAAAGAAGAAGGAGACGACGACGACGAAGAAGAUUUUUAUGAUUAUGAUGACGAUGAGGACGAUGAGGCCCCGCUGUCCGACGCAGAGAUUUACGAAUGGCUCUCUCACGUCGAGAUGCCGCGGCGGCAGACCCCGAUCUGGGAGUCGAGGGUCUUGCACCCAGCGAGCGUUCCUGUGUUCAGCACGCCUGAUUGCAUGAUGCAGGAAUGGUGGUGAUGAUGUGGAGGUAAUGGAAGGGAGAUGAGCAAAUCAAAUGAAGGAGGUUCUUGUUAUUGGGAAGUUGGGUUUAAAGCGGGAUAGGGGGGAGCGCGGAUGUGUUAAAGCG